AUGCCGUACUCCUCAAACGAGGUUGGGACUCUCGUAGCUAUGGCCGGCGCGAACCCUAUCCACGCUAAUCCACUGAGCUUCCCUGAUCAUCAGUCUGCCUCUUACCAAUUCUCUCCAACCUUUCAGCCCGAUCCAUUGGCAACCACAUUACACUUCCCCAACGACGUCAGUGCCCCAAUGACUGCACCUAUUACUGAACGAAGUGGCUGGGCCGCCAAACAGGCCUGGGCGAGACACCAAGCACUCAUCAAACAACUUUACCUUUACGAAAAGAGACCGCUUGCAGAAGUCAUGCGCCUUAUGGAAAGCCAGCAUGGAUUCAGAGCGACGGUCAAGAUGUACAAAACGCACAUCAAGCAAUGGGGACUGGACAAGAAGAACAAGGACUUUGAGAUGAGAGCGGUUGUGCGCAAGAACAAGCAGCGAGCCGAUCAGGGAAAGGGCUCUAUCAUCCGUAUUCGAGGCCAACUUCGGGAUUUCGCGGAAGUUGUUCGCUAUUGGAAUCGAAGAGGGAUAUCGAUUGACGAUAUCAUCGCUCGACGGACGGCAUCUCCGACACCUGAGGCUGUGGAAUGUUUCACUCCUGUACCCUCCCCUAUCCUGACGCCGGAGGUGCUCGCAGUACCAGAGCGCAUGUUUCGUUGCAUUCGGGAUUAUUUCGAAGGCUCCUUCGAGUCUGGGACAUGGGUCAGGACAGAUCCCAAUUUUCGGUGCUCCACCACCAAGGAUAAAGAGAACACAGACGAGUGUCUGGCAGGUCUUGUCAUUCAAUGCCAGUCAGCUUGUUUACUGUUCUCAAGGAGUAUGUUUCAAGAAGCAGGACAGAAUCUGAUCGCUGCCACUGCAAAAAUCAAGCAGAUUCUCUCAGCAGAGCUUCCCAUGAGUCUCAUUGAGUUGUUUAGACUGAUUAAUUAUGUCCGCCGCGAAAAGAGAGAUGAGAUGGCCUUGAUUGUACUUCGACAAUUCUCUGCUCUAGGUAAAGUGCUGCUAGGCAGUGAGCAUCCUCUCAGUCGUAUCUGUGAGUGGCUUGACUCAACAUCUCCGUCUGGGUUUGAUGAUACUAUUGUCAGAUGCAUAGAAAGUAUUGUCGACCAAUUCGAACGCUUUGUUGGUCCCAUGCAUACGUCAACACUGUACGCUCGUUUAAUUUACAUUGUGGUAGCGAAACCGAAAGGGAAUGCCGGCAUUCAGAUGCUGCAAAAGUUGCUUGACGAGUGUAAAAAGACAUUGCGGCCACACGACUCUCGGAUCUUGCUGGUUCGUGGGUACAUGGCGGAGAUAUAUUUCCUUAAAGGUUACUUUGUCGAGGCCAGGACCCUGAGCCAAGAAAACAUUGCCUGUUCUCAACUUGUUCAAUCAACGAACGCUAGGUUUUAUGAACAGAACAAAAAUCUCUACAGGGUAGCAAGGUCUCAACACGCUCUGGGCGAAGUGGACUUGGGAAUAGCAACUCUUCACAAAGUGAUUGACUCAAUUGUGUCGAGAUUUGGCUCUCAGGACUGGAUGUUACGACGUAUACUUUUGGAUUUGGAAGACUGGUAUCUCGAGCAGGGUCGUUGGAACUUUGCUGCUCAAGCGCGAGACUGGUGGGAGAAGCUACUGGAGUCGAUAGAUGUGGAUUGA